UUUCAUUGACGCUGUUUCAUUGAUCACUUGUUGAGCGCAGCGCACGCACAGGAAACCCCGCAGUAACAAUCUAAUUUCACAAAGAAUACGACUGCCUUAACUGAGGGACCUAUUUUAUGCCAACGUACCACACAUUAUUGCGUUUAGAGAAACUCUUUCCUUUCUCCCUGAGUAUUUGUUUGUCGGAGUGUCAACGCCCAAACACGCUGAACUCACAAGUGGUCAUGAUGUCUGGCGAAGAGGCUCUAACUCAGCAGCAACCCCCAGAACAGGAGGGGAAGCCCGACGAACCUUCGCCGGCUGCGUCGGAGGCUCCGGAGGAGUCGGCGAGCACCCCUGCAGCAGCCGAGGAGACACCCCUCUCCUACCGGGCUCUGGUCCUGACGGGCCACGGGGGCUACGAGAAAGUCAAGCUGCAGGUGAAGACGCAGACGCGGCCGCAGCUGCUGGCAGGAGACGUCCUGGUGCGCGUCAAGGCGUGCGGGCUGAACUUCUCCGAGCUCCUGGGCAGACAGGGGCUGUACGAGCUGCUGCCCGCCCCGCCUGUCAUCAUGGGGAUGGAGGGCUCCGGGGUCAUCGAAGCCGUCGGGGAGGGUGUGAAGGACAGGGAGGUGGGGGAUAGAGUCAUCGUGUUGAGCCGCAAUGGCAUGUGGCAGGAAGCUGUUGUUGUGUCCGCAAACCUCACCUUCGCCAUGCCCGAGCAGAUGAGCUUUGAGGAAGGUGCUGCUCUCCCCGUAAACUACGUGACCGCCUACAUGAUGCUGUUUGAGAUGGCCAAUGUGAGACCGGGCAAGAGUGUUCUCAUCCAUAUGGCAGCAGGUGGUGUUGGUGUCGCUGUCACCCAGCUGUGUCAGACUGUGCCAGAUGUGACAGUUUUUGGCACUGCAUCAGCCACCAAACAUGAGACUAUUGCCCAAGGCGGUGUAACUCACCCCAUCGACUACCGCACCAAAGACUACGUGGAGGAAAUUCGCAAAAUCAGCCCAAAAGGAGUGGACAUCGUCCUCGACCCACUCGGGGGUUCAGACACCCAGAAAGGCUUUGGUUUGUUGAAACCUCUGGGCACGCUUGUAGUCUUUGGUGCAGCCAAUUGUGUGACUGGCCAGAAGAAGAACCUGUUGGCCAUGGCAAAGACCUGGUACAACCAGCUCUCUCUCACUGCACUCAAACUGAUGCAGGCCAACAAGUCCGUCUGCGGCUUCCACCUGGGCUACAUCACGGAUGAGGAGCUCAUCAGAACGACGAUGGUCAAGCUGCUGGAGCUCUACGAGCAGGGAAAGAUCAAGCCCCGCAUUGACUCAUGCUAUCACUUCGAGGAGGUGACUGAUGCCAUGAGACGCAUGCAGGAACGCCAAAACAUUGGGAAAGUCAUCCUUCUUCCUGAAGCGAAGACGGAGGAAGUGAAAUCAAAGUCCAACCCUGAGCCGGUAGAAAAAGUGGAACAAACUGAGGCUGCCGUCAACGAGAAGGAAGAAGAGGCCACAGAGGAAGUUAAAGCAGAGGGUUGAGAAAAGAUGUGUUUAGUUGAAUGAUGUUUUCUUGCACUUCCUGAAUGCGUUCUCUAUUGUUCACUUGUCACAAAGGGAAGAAAAGCAAGAUGCCAUUUAUUUCUUUGACAGUAUUUUCAAAUGUUUAUGAAGAUUCUGUUGUGAUAUGUGUGUUGUGUCUCUGUUGGGAAUACAUGUGUUUUUAAAUGAAAAACAACUGUACACUAUUGCAGGAAGUGAGGAAUAAUGUAUUCUGAUAACAAAUGGUAGAAGAAAAAUGAAGGGGUGUGGCUUCCCCAUGACUGAUAUAAAGUUUGUCACCAGGGCUGGUGUGUGUGUGUGUGUGUGUGUAUACAUGUUUGGUGUUGCUUCUUCUUGAUUGAUAUUGAUGCUGAUGUGAGGCACUUGUUCUUAACUGGAAGAAGAGCAUUAUGUCAUUGGUAGAUUUUUUUUUUUUUUUGGUUUAUGGCUUCUUAAAUACCAGCCCUGGUCUGAUUGUCUGUAUGCUAAUCUGAAACACAUUUCCCUUUGUGGUUUAUCUGUUUGUGCUUUAAUCCGCAUCAUUAAAUCUGGCAAAGUAAUUUGAAUGUAAUCGAGAUGCAUUGCUUCUAACUUCUUUAUCGUGUUACACAUUGUUCAUUUGAAGUAAUGAGUAACUGUAAUCAAAUUGACCAACCCCAGUCUAUUUUAUCAGUAAACAUUGUUGGUAAUAGUGGUUAUUGUUCUAGUUUCAUGGGUUGUGAUGCAAACUCUAAUUCCUCUUUAUUGAAUGUUGUUAGACAAAAGUCUCUCUUUGUAUUCUAGUUCAAAUUGUUAUAUUUUUCUCAUGUGUGCCAAAUUCAAAUUCAGCUUUCACCACUGCCACCAAGUCAACUGUAUAUGACAAUUGGCUAUUGACAAUUGUUCCUGUCGUUGUUUUCUUCCAAACAACGUUGUGCAGAACUUGAGCUAAAACUGUUUGGCAUGCCAUGUGAAGGCAGUUUAUCAUACCUCGAUUUAUUGAGCUGCUUUCAAAGUCCUACCAUGCCUAUUCAAAUAGAAAAUAUAAGUGUUUACAGAACUACAGUAUGUGGUGUUACAAAGUCAUUCCUAUAUGUUCUAAAAGUUAUGAAGAAAAAAUGGGAUAGUGCUUUGCUUUAUUUGCCCUUAUUUCUGGUAUUUCUAGUAUUUCUGUGCUCAAUAUUUAUUCAUCUUGAAGCUCUUAAAGUAUAGCGAUGGAUUAUUAAGCUUCCAUUUUCUUCACAGUAAUUUGUAUGUUUGUUUGUAUGACUGUAUCUUUGAAUUGGAUGAUCUUAAAUAUUGGGCUAAAGCUUGUGGGUGUAAUUCAGUGUGACGCAGAAAGAUGCUCCAGAAGCUGUAGAGAAAAGAGUUUCCCUCAUCCGCACCAGAGCAGCGCCUCACAUUCCUCUUCCCUUCCUCCCAGUCCUGCUUUCUGUCUGGAGUAAGAACGCUUCACAGAAUAUGCUUCAUAUUAUUUACAUUUGUGACUUUGUUAGGUUUGGCUAUGGUUUCCUUCUCCAGGUAUGAAGUAAGAUCUGAUGUGGAUUUUUAGUGGGAACUGAAGUCAAUCUGAGCAGAUAGUUCUCCAGAUGUUAAAGGGCAAUUGGUGAAGAUAAAACAAACACUCCUCGAUCAUCUUUGAAUAUAUUUCUGUAAUGCUACAAGAUUUGACACAUUUAAUAUUACGGCCAGGAAAUGUAACUUCAAAACUACAUUGUGUGUCUGUUAACUGUAACAUUCGGUGCGACUGUGGGUCAGUGGUUAGCAGGUCCGUCUUUCAAUUAGGGUGUUGGCGGUUCAAUCCCCGCCCUAGUCGAUGUGUCCUUGAGCAAGACACUUAACCCUGCAUUGUUCCCUGUAGCUGUGUCUACAGUGUAUGAAUGUAACAAGAUUGUAAGUCGCUUUGGAUAAAAGCGUCAGCUAAAUGACAUUAACUGUAAAUGACUAACAUUCAAAAGUGGUUAUCUAAAAUAUGCUAGUCAUUUUUUCCAUAAUUUCACAACAAUUUACAUGAAUGGAUACAAUAUUCAUCCAUGUGGUGAGGGACAUCUGGUGGUGAAAUCGUGCCUUCUAAAUAAGUAAUUAAAAUACUCUCUAUAGUGUUGCCUGUCUUGUUCAAUGUAAAACAUAAUUUCAAUUGAGCCUUCUCACUUUCUAAUGAGAUGUUACAUCUGUUUCAUAAUAAAAUUCUAAAACAUAGCUGUUAAAUAUAUAAUAACCCAUUCAAAGAUUAUAUCCUGCUUCAUUACUCAAACAUGCAAUGUGUUUUGUACUGAUUGUAGAUAUGUUUAUGAUCAAUGUGUGCUGCGUCUAUUAACCCGUUUGUCUCAAUAAGUGAAAGAUUUGAUGUGUUACUGUAUUUAUGAUGGUGAUCAAACAACGCUGCCUUUUUUCUUUUUUAAACACACUUUAUGCACACAUGCCUUCUUUGUUAAAUGGCACUAACCUGUCUGUAUUAUUAAAGUGGUAUCACAUUAUGUUCCUCUAA